AAUAAUAAUUAAAAUAUAGUAAGGUGCAUUAUCAUCGCCAAGCAAAACACAUGCAUCGGUCAUUCGUAGGUGAAGUAGUUCUGACUAUUGGUACAUGAUGUCUGGUGUUGAAAUACCACUUAUAGACUUUUCAGGGUGUGCAAUAAACAAAGUGCGCGAGGAAGAAAAUCUGAAGCGAGCAGGGCAGCAAAUUAUCAAUGCUUUCGAGACGGUUGGAUUCUUCAACGUUGUCAACCACGGAAUUUCGGAAACUGAGGUUGCAGAUAUUUUCAAGAUAUCAGAAGAAUUUUUUGCACUGCCUACAGAAGUAAAAGUGAAGCACAGGAAAGCCAAAGACAGCAACCAUGGGUAUGUGGAACUGGAGAGAGAAGGCUUAAAUCCAGAAGAGAGGCCAUCAGAUCUUAAGGAGUCGUUCAAUUUUACUCCCAAAAGUCAGUACAAACCAUGGCCUGAUGAAGAGCUCCCAAAGUUCAAGACAACUUUUGAAAAAUUCUGGGACCUUUCCAGUCAAUUAACACUGAGGAUAUUAGAAGCCAUGGCCUAUGGAUUAGACUUGGAGCCACAGUAUCUAGUGAAUACUCACCAGCUGCUGGGCAAGGAUGGCAAUGCCUCUACACUGAGAACUAUGUAUUAUCCAGGUGUGCCUAGCGCUGCCUCAAUAAAAGCAAACCAAGUGAGGUGUGGAGAACAUUCUGACUUUGGGUCCAUAACACUGGUGUACCAGAGAGAAAUGGGAGGUCUUGAGGUACUAACUCAUGACGGCCGUUACACCCCAGUUCCAUACAUUCCUGGUGCUAUAGUUGUUAACAUAGGAGAUUUAAUGCAGAGAUGGGCUGCAGACAGACUCAUAGCUGCUAAGCAUAGGGUGCUAUUCCCACAGGACCAGGAGUUACUGUCUAAAGCUCGACAGUCAAUUGCUUUCUUUGCUCAGCCAGACGAUCAGGUGAUGAUCACGUGUCUGGAUGGCUCCAACAAAUAUGAACCAAUCGGUGCUCUUGACUACCUGAAUAUGCGCUUUGGCGCAACUUACAUGGACUUGGCAAAAGGACAGUGAAGUAUACCCACUGGGAAAA